AUGUCUCUCGCUCACCAUUUAGUUCAACCGGAGGGAUUCGACUAUGAAGGCCCGGCGAAUCCCAAUUAUGAAGGCCCAACACAUCCAGAUGUCUCUCCUGGUUUCGGAACGCCAAAUAUUCUCGACACUGAUAGGUUUGAGUACGAAUCCUUUCCCGACAGAUCAAGCUGGCGACGCCUGAGUUUUGCUCCCAUUGAGAUCGUGCAAAAGCUACCCAAUCUUGCUGCUUACAAGGUAUCCGAAAUUAAGCGAUAUGCUCAAGUAGCAACUGGCAUAAUAGCUUGCUGGCUCGCAGCUGGCAUCGUCUUCGGUUUCGCCGCUCUGAAACCCAUCUUGAUCUCCGAGGGAAUUUAUUCCGAGCUCUGCGACAAUGACCAAACGAAAUUUGGACACACACCAGACUUUCAGGUUCCAUGCGCUGCACAGGAUAUGCGAUUGAACCUGCUUUUCAUCUCAGCGUCAAUCUCAGCCAAUGUCUCUUCCCUCCUCGCGGGAGCUGCCCUGGAUCGCUUCGGCCGUCGUGUAUGCUGGCUUGUUUCUAGUCUUCUGUUGACUCUGGGGUCGUUAUUGAUGGGGCUUUCCUUUUCCAUCCCCGGAUUCCACGGCUAUCUCGCUGGUAACAUCUUUCUUGCUUUCGGUGGCACUUUUCUCUUUGUUUCCUCGUUCCAGUUGGCCAAUGCCUUCCCCCUGUAUUCCGGCUUGAUCGUCGCUCUCGUUACAGGCGCCUUUGACGCUUCUGCCGCUGUCUUCCUAUUCUACCGCAUGGCUUAUGAAGCUACCGGCGGUAGAUUUACCCUAGACAAAUUUUUCUUUAGUUACAUUUCUGUCCCGGUGUUUAUAUGCCUGGCCGAACUGCUCUGGAUGCCUCCUCAUUCGUACCAUACCCUACCUCAACUCGAGAAGAAGAUUGAAAGCGCUCAGGAUCGCAAUCGUGACAUUCAUGCGUCGGAUGAUGAGAUCGAUGACACGAAUGAACUGAGACGCGUUAGAAGCGCACGUGCUGAGCAACGGAUAAACAAAAUCGAGAUGAUCGAAGAAAUUACCGGUGACGAAGCAGAAAGAGGAGCGAGGAUCAGAGAGGAGGAAGAGAGACAGGAGACCAGUGGUGUUUGGGGAGUUUUACAUGGAGUGCCUGCUCACAGACAGAUGAUGUCGCCCUGGUUCAUUCUCAUAUUGCUCUUGACGAUCCUACAGAUGCUUCGCAUGAACUACUUUAUCGCCAGUGUCAGGUCACAGUACCGAUACAUGUUGGGUUCUGACAAGGCGGCUGAGCUCGUCAAUGACUUUUUCGACAUCGCUUUGCCUGUUGGAGGAGUUGCUUCGACACCUUUUAUUGGUCUUUUGCUAAACAACUUGAGUGUUCCCAGUAUUUUCGGCGUUCUUACAGUGUUUAUCGCUGUCAUUGGAGUUCUCAACUGUCUUUCAAACAUUUGGGCAGGUUACUUUACUGUCAUCACCUUUGUUUUCUUCCGACCUCUUUACUAUUCAGCCAUCUCUGACUACGCAACCAAGGUUUUUGGAUUCGCUACUUUUGGACGCAUCUAUGGGACCAUCACUUGCGUCUCGGGAAUCACUCAGCUUGCUCAGUCCGGUCUCGACGCGCUCACCCACGGCCCGCUUCAUGACAAUCCAACACCUAUCAACGCCACGCUGGGCGCUGUUGGUACCCUAGUCGGUAUCAUCCUUACCGUAUUCGUUGCCAUUAAGGGUAGGAUGUUUGUGGAGAAGAAGGUUGAGAUGAAAGCAGAUGAUGAGCGAGAGCGACUUUUGUCAAAUGCGCAGUCAAACUACGGCACUGGACACUGA